AUGUGGAUCUUUGACUGGUUUCAAGACGUUUUAGCCUCCUUAGGGUUAUGGAACAAACAUGCCAAAUUGUUAUUCUUAGGUUUAGAUAACGCUGGUAAAACUACCUUAUUACACAUGUUGAAAAAUGACAGAUUAGCCACUUUACAACCAACUUUACAUCCAACUUCAGAAGAAUUAGCCAUCGGUACUGUUAGAUUCACAACUUUUGAUUUAGGUGGUCAUCAACAAGCUCGUCGUGUUUGGAAAGAUUAUUUCCCAGAUGUUAACGGUAUCGUCUUUUUAGUUGACUGUGCUGAUCCUGCAAGAUUUGAAGAAUCAAAAGCCGAAUUAGAUUCUUUAUUAGGUAUUGAAGAAUUACAAAAAGUUCCAUUCUUAAUCUUGGGUAACAAGAUUGAUUCUCCAAGAGCCGUUUCUGAAAACGAAGUUAGACAAGCUUUAGGUCUUUAUGGUACUACCGGUAAAGGUAAAAUAACCAUUGAAAACCAAAGACCAAUUGAAUUAUUCAUGUGUUCUGUUGUUAUGAGACAAGGUUAUGGUGAAGCCUUUAGAUGGUUAUCACAAUACAUUUAA